AUGGGGAAACAGAACAGCAAGUUGCGGCCAGAGAUGCUGCAGGACCUUCGGGAGAAUACAGAGUUUUCCGACCACGAGUUGCAGGAGUGGUACAAGGGUUUCUUGAAGGAUUGCCCCAGUGGAACCCUGAAUGUGGAGGAGUUCAAGAAGAUCUAUGCCAAUUUCUUCCCCUACGGUGAUGCCUCCAAGUUCGCUGAGCACGUCUUCCGAACUUUUGACACCAACGGUGACGGGACGAUAGACUUCCGGGAGUUCAUUAUCGCCUUGAGCGUUACAUCGCGGGGCAAGCUGGAGCAGAAGCUGAAAUGGGCCUUCAGCAUGUAUGACCUGGAUGGAAACGGGUACAUCAGUCGUGACGAGAUGCUGGAGAUUGUACAGGCAAUCUACAAGAUGGUGUCAUCUGUGAUGAAGAUGCCAGAGGAUGAAUCCACGCCGGAGAAGAGGACAGAUAAGAUCUUCAGACAAAUGGACCUCAAUAAUGAUGGCAAAUUAUCCCUGGAGGAGUUUAUCAAAGGUGCCAAAAGCGACCCCUCCAUCGUUCGGCUACUGCAGUGCGACCCAAGCUCGGCCUCCCAGUUCUGA